AUUUGGACGAAAUUGCCCCUCCAAGAUUAGUGAAGAAUCCCUAAUCCCUAAUUUCCUCUUUGUCGUUGCUGUUAACCUGCAAUUCGAUUUCUCAAUCGCAUCUGUGUCUUCCGCCAUUGUUAGACCUGCAAUUUGAUUGCUUCCACAGCGAACAAUUUGGUUUCAACCGGCGAAAGUGGGAUUUGGGACGAGGACAAUCUCGAGAGUAGUCGUAAAGAAACAAUGCCUCCAAGAAUUGCACAAAUCCGACUAGUGAGUUCACAUCCUCAAGUGUAUGCACCAUGCGACGACUCAUUUGCCUUGGUUGACGCACUGCUGGCUGACCGGACCAAACUGUUAGACCACCACCCGUCAAUCUGUAUGGAAAUUGGCUCUGGAAGCGGCUACGUCAUCACUAGCCUUGCUCUUAUUCUCGGAUCUGAAUCCAAAAACGCGCAUUAUUUCGCAACCGACUUGAACCCUCAUGCCACAGAAGUGACCCGUCAGACACUCGAGGCCCACGGGGUCCACGCAGAGUUAUUAACCACUAACAUCGCUUCAGGGCUUGAAAAAAGAUUAUCUGGAAUGGUGGAUUUGAUGGUUAUCAACCCGCCUUAUGUGCCAACACCUGAGGAUGAAGUGGGUAGUUCCGGGCUUUCAUCUGCUUGGGCUGGAGGUGAAAAUGGCAGAAGUGUAAUUGAUAAGAUUUUACCGGUUGCCGACAAUCUGUUGUCGGAAAAGGGUUGGUUGUAUAUGUUGUUUCUUGCGGAUAAUGAUCCGUUACAGAUAUGUCUUCAAAUGAGAGAUAAAGGUUUUGGUGCAAAGAUUAUUGUUCAGAGAUCAACAGAAGAAGAAACUUUACAUGUGAUUAAGUUUUGGCGGGACCCAGAUAUUCAAAUAGAGGGAAAUGAAGCAGUGUCGGGUGGUAAAACGGCUCCCCAACGGGGUUUUGAUUUUCUGCGUUCGCAGAUUUCUAGGUUGUCGUUUAGGGAGACGAGGCAAUAGAGGUGAACUACAGAAAUCUUUCUUUUGAUGCAAUGAUUUUAUGUUAAUGGUCACAUUUUUCUUGAAUUUGUUAAGGUUGAUUGAUUAAGCAUUUUUGGCUUUUGAAA